ACGUGAUGCCCGCAGUUGCACUGGGUGGAGUUUGCCUGGCAAGGUUGUGUGAAACUGAAAGAACUAGGGCCAAAGAGCUUCCGGAAGAGGAAAUUAGCUUGUAAUUCUUUCCAACCACUGCAGCCCCCAAGCCACCUCCCCAGCAUAGUCUGUGAACGGGUCCUAAUUUCAAGAGAAGAUGACUUUUAACAGUGUUGACGGCUCUAAAACUCUUGUACCUGCAGACAUCAAUAAAGAUGAAGAAUUUGUAGAAGAGUUCAAUAGAUUAAAAACCUUUGCCAAUUUUCCAAGCAGUAGUCCUGUUUCCGCCUCAACGCUGGCACGAGCUGGCUUUCUCUAUACUGGUGAAAGAGACACCGUGCGGUGCUUUAGUUGUCAUGCAGCAGUAGAUAGAUGGCAAUAUGGUGACUCCGCCAUUGGAAGACACAGGAAAGCAUCCCCAAAUUGCAGAUUUAUCAGUGGCUUUCAUUUUGAAAAUAAGGCUGCGCAACCUACAAAUUCUGGUGUCCAAAAUGGACUGUACAACAGUGAACACUAUGCACGAAACAAAAAUCACUUGGUUUUAGACAGGCCUUCUGAGACCCAUGCAGACUAUCUCUUGAGAACUGGACAAGUUGUAGAUAUGUCUGACACCAUAUACCCGAGGAACCCUGAGAUGUGUAGCGAAGAAGCUAGGUUAAAUUCAUUUCAGAAUUGGCCAGAGUAUGCCCACCUAACCCCAAGAGAGCUAGCCAGUGCUGGGCUCUACUACACAGGGAUCGAUGAUCAAGUGCAGUGCUUUUGUUGUGGCGGGAAACUGAAAAAUUGGGAACCUUGUGAUCGGGCCUGGUCAGAACACAAGCGACAUUUUCCACAUUGCUUUUUUGUGCUGGGCCGGAGUGUUAAUGCACAAAGUGAAUCUGGUGUCUUGAGUUCUGAUAGGAAUUUCCCCAAUUCAACAAAUCCUCCAAGAAAUCCAGCCAUGGUGGAUUAUGAAGUACGGAUCCUGACUUUUGGGACAUGGAUAUACUCAGUUAACAAGGAGCAGCUUGCAAGAGCUGGAUUUUAUGCUUUAGGCGAGGGUGAUAAAGUGAAGUGCUUUCAUUGUGGGGGAGGGCUCACCGAUUGGAAGCCCAGUGAAGAUCCUUGGGAACAGCACGCUAAGUGGUAUCCAGGGUGUAAAUAUCUGUUAGAAGAGAAGGGGCAUGAAUAUAUAAACAAUAUUCAUUUAAAUCAUUCACAUGAAGAGUCUCGGGCAAGAACUACUGAAAAAGAACCAUCACUAACUAAAAGAAUUGAUGACUCCAUCUUUCAAAAUCCUAUGGUACAAGAAGCUAUACGAAUGGGAUUCAGUUUCCAGGACAUUAAGAAAACAAUGGAAGAGAAAAUCCAGACAUCUGGGAACAACUACAAAUCUCUUGAAGUUCUGGUUGCAGACCUAGUGAGUGCUCAGGACAGUGUGCAAGAGCAGUCAAGUCAGACCUCCUUGCAGAAAGAUAUUAGUACUGAAGAGCAGCUCAGACUCCUGCAAGAGGAGAAGCUUUGUAAAAUCUGUAUGGAUAGAAAUAUUGCCAUCGUUUUCAUUCCUUGUGGGCAUCUGGUCACCUGUAAACAAUGUGCUGAAGCAGUUGACAAAUGUCCCAUGUGCUACACAGUCAUUACUUUCAAGCAAAAAAUUUUUAUGUCUUAAUCUAACUCCAUAUUAUGCUUGAAUGUAUGAUGUGAAUUGACUUCAAGUAAUCAGCAUUGAAUUCCAUUAACAUCUCCCUAAAGUUGACCACAAAAUGUAAACUAUAAUGUUUUACUUGGCCAUCUAAAAUGUAAAGUUCUGAAAUUUUCAGAAAAUUAGCUAUAUUGUUUAUACAUUUUUUUUGUUGCUUUUUACUGUUAAUUGAAAUCCUAGGCUAAGAAGCAUUGUAUUAUUAUGAUCACCGUGUGUAUUUGUAGUGGACUGCCUUGAUUUGAAAAAGUAAGUGAAUUAAUCAGCUGAACUUUUCAUUCUUUGCAGGGAAGCUUAGCAAACAGAGCAUACCCCGUAAACCUGGAGAUUAAGUGUAAUCUCACAAAUCACAUAACUUGUUUCAUGUAGAAAAGGAAUAAACUGUUCCACACUGUCAGAAA